AUGCACGUCUCAUCUAAGCUCGGGCUCGUUGGGAGCGCGCUUGCCUUGUGGCCGCGGUCAGGGGCGACCCAGGCAACAUGCGCCAAUGUCUCGUCGACCGAGACGUAUGACUACAUUAUCGUGGGUUCGGGUGCCGGGGGCAUCCCAAUGGCAGACCGCUUGUCUGAGGCAGGGCACAGCGUUCUCCUGAUCGAAAAGGGGCCGCCCUCUACUGGACGAUGGGGCGGAACCAUGAAGCCGGAUUGGCUGAACAACACGAGUUUGACCCGUUUCGACGUCCCUGGCCUCUGCAACCAGAUCUGGGCUGACCCGACCGGGGUGGCUUGCACCGACGUCGAUCAGAUGGCCGGGUGCAUGCUCGGGGGAGGAACUGCAGUCAACGCCGGCCUGUGGUGGAAGCCGCAUCCCGACGACUGGGAUCUGAACUUCCCAGAGGGAUGGAAGAACAAGGACCUCGCAGCGGCGACGGAGCGCGUUUUCUCCCGGAUCCCCGGUACCAUUGCCCCUUCAAUGGACGGCAAGCGGUAUCUGUCGCAGGGGUUCGACAUGCUGGGCGGUAGUCUGAAAGCGGCUGGCUGGGAGUACCUCGUCCCAAAUGAGCACCCCGAGCGAAAGAACCGCACGUACGGGCACAGCACCUUUAUGUACUCGGGAGGCGAAAGAGGCGGUCCGUUGGCCACCUAUCUCGUCACAGCGAGCGGGCGCAAGGGAUUUACACUCUGGACGAACACGAUUGCAAAGCGGGUUGUUCGAACUGGUGGUCAUGCCACUGGCGUCGAGGUGGAAUGCAACCGUGGAGGCCAUGCUGGCAUUGUGUCGCUGACUCCGAACACGGGUCGGGUGAUCUUGUCAGCAGGGGCGUUUGGUUCUGCGAAGCUGUUGUUCAGGAGCGGAAUCGGACCGGCAGACCAGUUGCGGGUCGUAAACAACUCGGCCGACGGGCCUACCAUGAUUUCAUCGGACCAGUGGAUCAACUUGCCGGUCGGGUACAAUCUUAACGACCAUGUGGGCACUGAUAUCGAGGUCGAACAUCCCGAUGUCGUUUUCUACGACUAUUAUGCCGCAUGGACUAAACCAAUCGUCAGCGACACCGAGAUCUAUCUGAGUGAUAGAAUUGGCCCCUUUGCCCAAGCCGCCCCAAAUAUCGGACCAAUCUUCUGGGAGAUCAUCAAGGGGAGGGAUGGCAUCAACCGGCAUCUUCACUGGCAAGCCCGGGUUGAAGGAAAACGCAACACGUCCAUGACCAUCACGCAAUAUCUGGGCACCGGCUCUCUUUCGCGAGGGCGCAUGACCAUUACGAGGCAGCUCAACACAAUUGUCUCGACACCUCCGUAUCUCCGGGACGAGCACGACAAGGAGGCCGUCAUCCAGGGCCUCAUCAAUCUCCAGGAGUCGCUGAAGGGUGUGGCCAAUCUGACGUGGAUUACUCCCCCGUCCAAUGUCACGGCCGAGCAGUUUGUCAACUCGAUACCUGCCACACCAGCACGCCGGUGUUCCAACCACUGGAUUGGUACCGCCAAGAUGGGCACCGACGACGGGAGGACGGGGGGCACCUCCGUGGUGGAUCUGAACACCAAGGUCUACGGGAUGGACAAUCUCUUUGUUGUGGACGCUUCCAUCUUCCCUGGCAUGAUCACUGCCAACCCGUCUGCGGCCAUCGUUAUUGUGUCUGAGCAUGCGGCGACUAAGAUCCUGGCACUACCCCAUCCGAUGAAAGCGAGGUCUUGA